AUGCUUGAGAGAUUCCCACCCGAGAUUGUUCGCAAGAUUGCCAACAACUUCAAUCGACACGACUUUCUUGAAUGUGUACAAGUGAAUCGCUCAUGGCGUCAGCAUCUCCCACCCUACUCGAGUCACCUAUGGAAGCAUGUGGAUAUCAAGACCCAUGGCCAUCUCGUUUUCCUUGCACAGACCUCGUGUUUUGGCCAGUAUAUCGAUUCAUGCAAUAUCGUCAAGGGCGACAAUGAUGCAUUGCUACAUCAUGCACUCAAACGACUACAAGGAUGUCAUUUACAAUCUCUUGUGAUAGAUUGGUUCAAGAUUGAGGAUAAUAAGCGUCUUGCUGAUCUCCUGAAAAAUGUGAGGUGCGAAUCACUCAAAUUCAAUGGUAUCUCUGGUGUAUGCUUGGACUUUAUUGGGAUCAUUAUGGCUGCUAGCGAGGGUGAUUGUUUGCGACAUUUUGGGUGCCAUUAUGAUGCGAUGUAUCCGAUACUUGCCUUUGCUGAGAAUGCUGACAUGUGCCCAUAUCCUCCACCUCCACCUCCUCUGCCAAUUGCGCAAGAUCUCGGUUUGGUGUCCUUGGCAUUGACAACCCAAAACCUUCAAGCCGACUGGAUGGAUAUUUUGCAACGAUGCUCAACAACACUACAACAUAUUCAUAUCGCUGUUGCAGACCCUAUCAGCUGUCACGACAUAAUGAGCACUUGUCCUCAACUUCAAUCCAUGUUUAUUGGCGAAUUCGCUGUACCCAAGACGGUAGAGUUUCCACCAUCAUCAUCCUCUGACAAGCAGGGCUUACGCUACUUUGGUCAUUGGGGAGCAUGUGACGACAUCAAUGCUAUGAAAUUCGUAUUGGAACAUCAGCACACAAUCGAGUAUCUCUAUCUUAGUACGUGGGUGCCUGUAAAGGUUCCAUCAUGGAGCGACCUUGACUCCUUCCAAUCAACUAGCCUCAAGACACUUGUAUGUGCUCAAAUGCAUGAAUGCACACCAGAUACCAUUGCAUCCUUGAUUCGACAAUCACCCAACCUUGAAACGGUGGCACUGUAUCCGGUAGAUCACCACUCCAUCACUGACAAGAUAUGGCACGCACUUAUGAACCUUGAUACACUACAACAUCUUUCGAUUCACUUGGAAAUAUGGCAAUACGGCGAUGAUCGUGAUCAACAAUGGCGUGCACUGAUACGGCGAUUGGGUACAAUCACCACCUUGCGUAAAUUGGAACUCACAGCGCUUGACGGUGCCAACAGUGAUCAUUUAUCCCAGCUAUUUCAGGUGUUCCAUGACAUGCCAUUAGAAAAGUUACGCUUGUUAUCGAUUCGUGAAUUGGAUGACAAGGCAUUGGAAGCACUCAUACCCCAUGCGCCAUUGAUGGAAAUAUUGGAUAUUGUCGACUGCCCUAUUGUCACUACCCGUGGAAUCAAGACCCUUAUCGAUGGAUUACCCAAGUUGCGCAAUGCCACGUUCUCGCUCGCCCGAGCACAAAGAAUGCCAGCUGGUGUAGAUGACUUGAUUAGCUUUGCAAAAAGUAAAGGCAUUAAGCUUGUUUUGAAUAGAUUGCUUUAA